CCCACAAGCCACCUACUACGAGACCUCACAAACCACAGGAGUGUCUGCCACACUCUUCAUUGCACUCCAUCUUCUCUACAGCCUCGACAAUCCCCAGAUCAGACUGCUAGCAUGUCGUCCCCCUUCUCAAUAAACGGCGGCGCCUGCGUGGCCAUGGUAGGCAAGGACUGCGUCGCUAUAGCAUGCGAUCUCCGCCUCGGCCUCCAAGCCCUCACCGUAUCCAACAACUUCCCCAAGAUCUUCUCGUACGGCUCGACCGUUUACCUAGGCCUGACAGGCCUCGCCACCGAUGUGAGCACCGUGUCGGACCUCUUCCGGUACAAGGUGAACAUGUACCGCCUGCGCGAGGAGCGCGCCAUCAGCCCCACGACGUUUGCGAACCUCGUCUCCUCGUCGUUGUACGAGCGCCGCUUCGGCCCUUACUUUGUCUCCCCCGUCGUCGCCGGCCUCGAGCCCAAGACCGGCAAGCCUUUUAUCUGCGGAUUCGACAGCAUCGGCUGCAUCGACUUCGCCAAGGACUUCAUCGUGAGCGGCACGGCUACCGAGCAGCUGUUUGGCAUGUGCGAGAACCUGUGGGAGCCAGACCUGAGCCCCGACGAGCUCUUCGAGACCAUCUCCCAAGCCCUCCUCAACGCCGUCGACCGAGAUGCCCUGUCCGGAUGGGGCGCGCACGUCUACAUCAUCGAGAAGGACAAGGUAACCAAGAGGCUGCUCAAGGGUCGUCAGGACUAA